AUUCAAAGGAACGUAUUGAACUUCAUAAAUAACGUUCACAAUGGCGGACAUUUUGUAUAGCGCCAUCUGUUGGCUCGCACGAGCAUUGUCGCGUCGUGACAAUGGAUCAAAGAAAUCUGAAUAUGUUUCAUAUCUCACAGUGGUCUUAUGUUUUCUUAAGAUAUUUAUAAGUGUACUCUAAAGAAAUGCUUCGUCGUGUAUGUAAAGACGCAGACAAAUUGGCAAAAUUCCGUUCAUGUCGUGCAAGAUUCUACAGUUUUAUUAUGAAAAAUUAAUACAUACGAUUCGAAAAGGUGCCGAAGAUACUUGGGUUUUAUUGACAUCUGAGGGCUUAUAGCACUACCUCUUAAAUGUAAUUAAAUACAAUGCAAAAUGUUAACCUCAGGACUCAAACCUGCGACUUCCGGAUAUUCGUGACUCUCGCUCAGGUUCGAUACACGUGAGGUAAACUUCGUAGUGUUACACUUAAAUGUUAUUUCCGGGAACAGUGGAGUGCGUGGAGCGAUGCGCGGGAAAGAGGUCUGCUAUAAAAGAUGGAGGACCGCUCUACAGACCACUGUUGUCUGUGACCCGCGGAGUGCAAAACGUUGAGAUGACGACGGUGGGUUGUAGAUGCGUGGUGGUGGUAGCGGCGUGUGUGCUGGCGGCGGCGCUGGUGUCAGCUCAGAUCACAUUCAGCCGCGACUGGACCGGCGGCAAGCGGGCCGCGCCCCAGCUAGCGCUCGACUGCGGCCAGUUCACCAGGCUGUGCAGGCAUUUCGUAGCAGCACGAAUUGAAGCAAGCCCUAACAUCGGAGAUGACCAGCAAGCACCACCAGGAGCUGGACAAACCGCUCUACGACGAAGAAUAACACCGGUCGUAUCCUACUUGAGGACAUAGGCUAACAUGAUCGACUAAGCAAUGAAAUGGAAUUCAAUAGGCGUUACUGUUCGUGUAUUAUUUUCUUCAAUUUGUUUUGCAGUUGGAAAGAUCUUGCGUCGAAACAACUAAUUUAUUAAUUACUCUUAAAAGUUGUUGCUGUAAAACGAUUAGAGGCCAAACAAAAAGUCGAUUGUCGAUUUGCAGUAUUCAGAUAACGAUUAUUAUUUAGUACCAUAAACAGAACUCAGUUCGUCAACGGGCUUAUUCUUAAAACCAACAAUAUGUUUAAAACUUUUACAGAAUUUAUUUCAGUUGCUGCUAUAAUAUAAAUUAAUUGUUGGUUCUUAUAUAUCAUUUGUUGAUUCUGUAGUUUGGGGAAGGCUGGCCCAACAUUGUAUUUUUUAAAUUUAUUUAAUUUUUUACACAAAUUGUCACACACUGAUAACAAUUUAAUGAUAUAAAAAGCACAAUAUAAUUAUCAACUAGAAUCACUGUCAUGCCCAUAUCAACAACUUCCCCUAAAUAACCUUUUACAAUAUUACAAAUUAAUGUUAAAAUCAUUUUCUCCGAAACAGAUUAAAAAUUAACAAUAAAAGAGUACCAUCUGCGGCCACUUUCGCAAGAGUUAAUGACUCAACCGUUAACUCUGUUACAUUUUCCUCUAAGGGCCCGUAAUAACAUGAUAAAUGUUAACAUUUAACGCCCCCUAAAACCGGUUACUUAAUUGAAUUAUUAACCAAAGUUGAGAGAGAAAUUUUUUAUCUGUGGACAGUUUGAGUUUUAUUAGCUUUGCUUGUUGCUGCGUACUGAGACGUUGGUAGACGUUUUUUAAUUAUUUCUUUUUGGUUGUCUGGAAGAAAUUGUUACCUCUAUUCUGACACAGUAGAUACCAAGGCUAAGCUAUGAAACUCUGUUGUAGAAACUUUUUUUAUGGUACAUUUUUCUUCCGAUUAAUACGUUAUUCAUGUAUAUUUAAAUAAUUUAUAUUGUAUAUCUAUUUCGUCUAUAUAUUAGUAAUAAUAUAAUUAUCUCUAGUCAAUAAAAUGCUUGGUAGGUAAGUAGUUAGGUAUCCAAUUGCGAGUUAAAACAUGACAAUGGUACAUCGUGGCGCGAUAUUAUGAUAAUUGUCUAGUUAUAAAGUAUGAAUUACUAUUAUUAGCAACUUUAAUCUCUGUAUUGUAUUAUAAAAUAAAGGGGAUUGAAAUGUA